UAUUCGCCUUUUUUCCUCGGCUCGUCUCACUGCGCUGCGCUGGUCGUCGUCGUCUCCCUCCCUCCGAUCCCCUUUAUCCGCCCCACCCCAUCUCUCGCCUCGGAAGCUUCCACGAGCUCUCGGGGAGAGAGAUCACAGCCCCGUGUGACCGUCUCCAGCAUGGCUCUGUGGCGGCGCAGCUCGUCCUGGCUCACGUCCUGCUCGCGCGCGCCGGCCGGCAUCGGCGGCGGGAACGAGGCCAAGGUCUCGCCCGAGGUCGCCCCGGAGGACGCCGCCGCGGAGCACGAGGGCCGCCGCGCGGAGGCCGGGGACGAGGAGAGGUGGUCCCGCCUGCUGCCGGAGCUGCUCACGGACAUCGUGCGCCGCGUCGACGCCGGCGCCGAGCGCUGGCCCCCGCGCCGCGACGUCGUCGCCUGCGCCUGCGUCUGCCGCCGCUGGCGCGACGCCGCCGUCGCCGUCGUGCGCCCGCCGCUCGAGUGCGGCAGGAUCACCUUCCCUUCCUCGCUCAAGCAGCCUGGACCGAGGGAUGCGCCGAUGCACUGCUUCAUCAGGAGGAACAAAAGCACCUCCACCUUUUAUCUUUAUCUCAGCUUAACACAGGCCCUAACGGAUAAAGGGAAGUUUCUACUGGCUGCUCGAAGAUUCAGACACGGGGCACACACCGAAUAUAUCAUCUCUUAUGACUCUGAUGAUCUAUAUCCAGGAAGUAAUUCAGGUGUUGGAAAGCUGAGAUCGGACUUCCUGGGGACAAAGUUCGUCAUGUACGACAACCAGAAACCAUACGACGGCGCCAAGUCCUUGAAGAGCCGAUCAAGUCGCCGUUUUGCAACCAAACAAAUCAGCCCACACGUUUCAGGCGACAAUCUUGAAGUUGGACAGGUGUCAUACAGGUUCAACUUCCUCAAAUCAAGAGGGCCAAGAAGAAUGCACUGCAGUAUCCAGUGCCCCGUAGGCCAGGGCACCGCAUCCGAUCCAUCCAAGGAGAAGCCACCGAGCACCUCCAGCUCCUUGUCUCUAAAAAACAAAGCGCCUCGAUGGCACGACCACCUGCAGUGCUGGUGCUUGAAUUUCCACGGCAGGGUGACCGUCGCCUCCGUGAAGAACUUCCAGCUCGUCGCCCCGGCCGGCACCAGCGAUCCAUGGGGCGUCGGGGACGAGGAGACGGUGAUCCUCCAGUUCGGUAAGAUCGAGGACGACGCGUUCACGAUGGACUUCCGGCAUCCCCUGUCGGCCUACCAGGCGUUCGCCAUCUGCCUCACCAGCUUUGGCACGAAGCUGGCCUGUGAAUAAGUGCCAUCUCUGUUGAUGUUACCGUGUGAAUCAUGUGGCGGAUGGCAUGAACUCUUGCUCUGUUAAUCCGGGAGAAAGGGGUGGCGCUGUGAUACUGUACUCGCAAUCUCUGCUCUUCUCUUUCUCGUCUGAUGAUGGAUGUGGAUUUGACUCUAUGGCUGUGAUUGUUGUUUGUAAAUGGCACUCCAUUUCUUUCGGUGAUUUACCCAUGGAGCAUGGUGUGUACCCUUGCUCCAAUGCCGUUUUACCGUUCACGUAGAUAGACAGAAGCUUGACAUGGUCUGGGGCUGCUAAUCUGCAUUGACAAAUUAACCCUUGUACAUGUCGUUAUGGUUACCUUCCUCCAAUGCCGUUUUUACCGGCAAUGUAUCCCUUUUGUGGUCUACAUGUCAUUGUAAUGUUAAGUAGUAACAUUUGUAUCA